AUGCCUCAUUCGUCGUCCUCGAGCACUGACUCCCUGGUGCCGUACGAGCAACGAGUGAAAAGAGACCUUUCAGGCAGGCAGCAACAGCUGCACAUCCACAAGCUAUCUACAUAUUCUUUGGGCGGCCCUGAAGAUAUGUCCUUCGUCAGCUCCGCAGGUCAGCAAGGAAAGUUGCCACGAUCCAAGACAACGGGCAAUCUUCUGUCUUCGCCUCGCGACUCGACACCAGGAAGACGUCUGCUUCAGCCCCUCGGGCCACCACUUCCCCGGACGCAAACACUUGGCAGUAUAUCAUGCUUCAGUCCUCCGAACUUGACCCCGUCUCCCAGAAAGCCUACCUCGGUUGGGGUGAGGCAGAAGGAUGACAACAGCAAGCUCAACGUGGCGGAUGCGCUCUUGGAGAGCAGAAUGACCUCGGAGGAGAUGCGAACGAUGGUUCAAGUGCAGAGAGAGGCGGCAGCAAAUCGUACUCGACUGAGGAACUCGUUUGGUGCACCAUUGCAAACAUCUAAACCCGGCACUGGUCGGUACGAAGAGACCCAGAAGACGGCUGCCACGCGUGUGGCAUCACCUUCUAAGCCUAAAGGUCCGGUCAAUGGUGAUGCUGGCAAGCCCAAAGGCCUCCGAAGAAGUCUACCGGGUAGACUCCUUGUCAUUCCUGCCGGGUCGGACGUAAUGUAUGCUGAAAGUAGCCCAUCUACUAUAAGUAGUGCCACUGGAUCUGACCGAAGCGGCGAGUUUUUCGAUGACACGAAGAAGGUUUAUUCGGCAGAGAGUUUACAUUAUUGGACAGGUCGAUAUGUGUCACUAUGCGACCGCCUCCGAAUGAAGGAACUUCCUGUCGCAGGCGGUCCACUGCCUGUCGACACUGCCACUACCAAGCCAAAGAGCGAACUAUUGUUUGAGACCAACGAGAAGAUCAGGAUGAACACUGCAUUGAUCGAAUUACGCCAGUCCUGUGUGAGGCAGGAGGCCUUGAAAAGCUUCGAAGAUUUUGAAUCGCAACUAUUGAAGAAGCUAGGAGUGACCCGUCUCCAGCUCGAUCGGGCCGCUAGCCUUGUUAUUGGGAGGAAGGAUCCUGAGAAGCAAGCGAAACUCUCUCACGGUGGAGGAACGAAGCCAAUGACAAGUUUCAAGCUGCCACAAUCUCCAUCUAACACCUCGACCGCAACAAGCAGGAUUUCCAACGUGAAUGCGGAAGCUGUUAUAACCACUGGCCCCAAGGCCCUUUAUGGUAACGCUGGUUUGACCAAAAGCAAAACGACUGGUAAUCUGGCUGUACUUAUCCCAACCGGGCCAAAGAAGCAGGAUGGGGCAGUAUCCACCAGAAGCCCGGGCGCCAAAGAGACAUGUUCACACAAACGCAGAACAUCGUACUUUGAGCGUUCUCCUGAAAGCCUGAGCAACGCCGCAAGAGACGGAGAAGAGAAAGUUUUGCGUCGAGGAGCCGAUGCACAUAGACGAUCAACUUCUCGCUUGCCGUCAUUUGUAUUCCCCAAGAGCGAAAGUCAGAGCAAGCUACUUCCAUCUCCAAAGACGGACGUCGGUGGGCAGGACCCUCGAUGUGGAGGUACCAUAGCCAAGGUCAACGCUUUCGAUCCAGUCGUCGGACCUCUGGACUGUGCCAUGCUUGAGAGUGGGCAUUCAACACCUCCGCCACCGGUUAGCGACAUUGCCUCUUCGCGAGUCCAGCUUGUCAAGGUAGCAGGUGGGGGAAAGGAGAAGUUGGUCAAGUCUCGGCGCAAGGUUGACCGCCAAAUCAGUGGAGAGAUCAAGAGUUUUAUCGGUGCCGGCAUGAGGGAAGUGAGAAAGAUGGGGAAGAGAGUUGGCGGUAUAAACUGGGGGAGUAGCGAGGAUUUGUUGCUCCCGGGCAAUAAAUAG